AUGGCAAGGCUUGAACUAGAUCUGGCCUCAAAGCGGCUGCGGAAGCGUAGCGACUAUGGUUACCAUCUGGAAUAUCGACUGCGGUGGAACGACAACGACAUUUUCGGCCAUGUGAACAAUCCCAACUACGGAGUGCUGGCCGAUAGUAUCAUCAACGAGUAUAUGAUCAAAGAAUGUGGAUAUACGAUGAAUAAACAUCAGCAAGCCGCAAUCAUUGCCAACACCUAUUUUGAUUAUUUUGGAUCGGUCAGCUACCCGGACGUCCUUGGAUGUGGACUGCGGAUCGUGAAGCUAGGCAAAUCGAGUGUGAUGUACGAAGUGGGAAUUUUUAGAAGAGGUGAUGAAGACGUCAAAGCAGUGGGAGGUUCGACACACGUCUUCGUCACGCAAAUCGAUGGGCAACUAGGAAAACCUGCUGAGAGUGGCAUGCCGAAUGCAAUGCGACAAGGGUACGAGAGGUUGAUCAAGAGGACAAAUCCGCAUUCAGCUCUAUAG